AUGGCAGCGUACCCCUCGCUGCUCUCCACGAGAACACGGGAGAAGGCAUUGCUGAGGGCCACGCUGCGCGCCCUGAACGAGCAGCGCGCCAAGCUGGAGUUGCCCAAGGUGGCCUUUGUACAGAUCCUGGCUGAGGCGGCUCAGCUGGCAGCAGCCGCGGAGCUCGCUGCGCUGCGGACCGGAGCUUUGGUCGAGGCGGCGCCAGAGGCGGCGGUGGCUUCAGCGGAGCCGGACCUGGAGCCGGAGGCGGAGGCGGAGGUGGAGGCGGAGCCGGAGGCGUCGCCAGCGCCGGCCUCGCCAGCAGCUGUGCCAGUGUCGGAGGGGCGGCGCGCGGCGGAGGUGCUGCUGAGAUGUGUGCCGGCCUUCCGCCUGGAGCCCAGCUGUGGCACCUUCAGCCGGGUGCUGCGACUGGCCGAGGCGCCCGCCUUCUUCACCAUGGCUCCCAAGGAGAAGGCCUACGAGGUCUCCCUCCAGAGCCUUGCGGAAACCACCGCCGCGGAGUGGUCGGGCCAAGAGGACUGGCCGGCCGCCCGAGUUGUGGGCCUUGGCUGCUCUGUGGACAUGGAUCGCGAUGACAAGGCGCUGCUUUUCGCCGUCUUCGCCUGA